GUGCCAUUCAUUUGCAGCAGCUCAUAAUGAGCGCCGGCACUGCGUGCAGAUAGCAGCUCUGACAGUGACAGUCCAUCAGUCAAGUCGUAGCAGUCUCUUCAAAAGCGUAGGCGCAUCCCUCGGAGCAUUUCGAACUCACUGUCCAGACCAGGACCAGACACUUCACCUGCACAAUCCAGACGAGAAAAAAAUGGAGCGCAAAAUCCCUGAUUUCUCCGGGAACUGGGAGAUGAGGAGUUCAGAAAACUUCGAGGAGCUUUUGAAAGUCCUGGGUGUUAAUGUGAUGUUGCGCAAAAUUGCCGUGAAGGCGGCCUCCAAGCCCUUUGUGGAGAUAACGCAGGAUGGAGAAACGUUGUCCAUUAAGACUUCCACGACAGUGCGGACCACCCACAUCACCUUUACUGUGGGGCAGGAGUUCAACGAAACCACGGUGGAUGGACGCCCCUGCACGAGUUUUCCGCGUUGGGAGACGGACAACAAGAUCAGCUGUGAGCAGACUCUGCAGAAAGGAGAGGGACCGAAAACCUCCUGGACCCGUGAGAUGACCAAUGAAGGCAAACUGAUUCUGACCAUGAGGGCAGAUGAUGUGAUCUGCACCAGAGUCUACGAGCGGCAAUGAACAAGAGCACUUUGUGUCUCUCCAGUCUCCUUUCUUAUUCUGCAUCACCACUUUUCCCCGGGUCAAGACAGAGCUGGAGCUGGGAGAUUGCAGCAAUCUUUUAUUCCAACAUAGAUUCACUAUGUGAUGAGUGUGGUAUCUGAUGUGUCACAUAUGUACUCAUUGGUCUUAGCUCAUGAGUUGUUAUGAUGGAUGUGUGUGCGCGUCUGAGUAUGUGUGUGUGAUAUUAAUGACUCUUCCACAUUAAGGUCAGUUUCAUUGGGCCCCCCGUUUUUGUAGUUCUUUUCGCCCCACUACACAACCUUUGUACUUCACAUAAUUUUGUAUUUAUUAUGACACCUCAUUCUAAUUCGGUGCUGCCCAAGGUUUUACUUUGUCUCUCAUUGGUAUGAAAUGUGAACAUCCAAAACAUUUUCUACGGCGAAACAAUAAAGCACGGUCAUAAAUCAGCAGGUCCUCCCUUUUUUCUCCUUAACCAUUUGGAAUGCAACAAAGCAUUUAGCAGUGUGUAUGUUUUUAUGGUUUGUGUGUGUAGCUCGGGAAUAUGCACACAUUAGACGGCACCAUCUUAUUUUAGGCUUUCUGUCAGCUGUCUGCAACUAGAAUAACUUGUCUGUUACUUCCCUGUCCAGCGUUCUCUCUUCCAUUCCCACUCCUCUUUUACUCUGUCAAUCACCUUUUUUCCUCACGCCCCCUUCCUGGCUUUAUAUUUUUUACCUCACUCAAAAGGCGGCAAAUAUUUCCAUUCUGCCUACUGUGCACUUUUCUUUCCCAUUUCACAUCGAUCUGUUCCUCCUGCAGUGUUUCACUGGCAUAUGAAAGGACCAUCGAUGAGCCAGUUGCAGUAAAGACGCCAAGAGAUUCUUUGAAAAAUUCUUUCUUUCAUAUUGGUUUCAUACU